UUUUCCUUUUAACAUAAAAGAAAAAGGAAAAAGAAAAGAGAUGCAUAGAAAUGUAGAUCCAAAAUAAAAGGAGCAUACGCAAAUGCUUGUUUAGUACUUUAAGAGAGAGAGAGCACAACAGAAAGCAGUAAAUAUAAAUAAAAAAAAAAGUGAUUCCAUCCAGCAGCAGGCAAGUUUUGCAUGUUACUUAUAUCUCUUUUCCUGUAAACGAUCACACUUUCUUAAUUUUUGCCAGCGGAAUAAUAAAUUAAUGCCAUGGAUAGAUAGAUAGAUAGACAGAUAAAUAAAAUUAGUUUUGACAUUUUCAUGCUAUAUUUUAAAUUUGCAUAACUUUUGGGUGAUGCGGUCUUAUUGGUGGAGGAAUGCUUGUUACCUACUCCUCCUUUUAAGUUCCCAAUUCCAUUCCCUUCGUCACAUAAAUAAUAAAAACACUUUCUUCUUUGUUCUCUCUUCAGUUUUCACCAAUUCUCUCAUUCACUCUGCGUUGUGGUUGUGGAAAAUGGAGAGGCACAGAUGCAAGCUUUGUUCGAGGACAUUCGCCAAUGGCAGAGCCCUCGGUGGUCACAUGAAGGCUCACUUAGCCACGCUUCCUCUGCCACCCAAGCCUCAUCAACCACCUCCUCAACCACUUUCUUUUGAGUACUCUUCUUCUUCUUCUUCUUCAGAAUCAGAACACGAUGACGAUGAUGAUGAAGAAAAAGGUUAUGGGUUAAGAUAGUGGUCCAAGACAGAGAGAGCGAGACUGAGUCAAAGAACAAACCAACUCGGACACGAAGACGAUCCAACCGUACACGAAAAUCCUCCAUUAUGAACCUUACAAACAAGAGGACCAAGCUCAUGAGUUUCAUGGAGUCACCAGCAUCAAUAGCAACAGAGGCAGCAGAGCCUGUUAGCUCCGUUUCCGAUACUUCGCCGGAAGAAGACCUGGCCAUGUGCCUCAUCAUGCUGUCAAGGGACAAAUGGAGAAAGACAAGUGUUGAAGAAGAAGAAGAGAUGAAGUUGAAGAACAAGAAGGUUCUUCGAGGGAAGCAUCAUCAUCAUCAUCAUCGUCUGCAGUGUGACAAGUGUGGGAAAACGUUUCGAUCUUCAGGGGCAUUGGGGAGCCACAGAAGCAUAUGUCUCUGUGAUGAAGCUGAUGGAAGUGAAAGAAUCUUUCAAUGCCCGUAUUGUUCAAAGGUUUUCGGGUCGGGUCAAGCACUCGGUGGCCAUAAGAGAUCUCAUCUUCUCCCAUCUUCUUCUUCUUCUUCUCCUCCUUCCAUUAUCAAUGCUAAUCUUAGAUUGAAACAACAAAGCUUCAUAGAUCUCAACUUGCCAGCUCCACCUGAAGAAGACGACCUUAGUGUUCUCUCCGAUGCAUAAAUGCAUAAUACAUCCUUCUGCUGCUAUUCGGUAAACUUUAAUCUUUCUUUAUUUUUUUUUUUAAAGUAGGUGAGACGAUUUGAUUAUGUUUAUUGUUAGAUCAAACGCUUUUGAUGGUACAAUCAUAGCUUGUAAUUGAUGUUUUUCACCGUCUGUCUCCUAUUACAUGCUACUACCUAGUCUAACACAUUUGAAUAUCUUAAUCUAUCUUCUUAGUUUAUACAGUGAUGCUUGCAAUUGCAAUGCAAAAGAACUCGUUGUGUGUGUAAUUU